GCGGCGCUGCUGCUGCUGCUGCUGCAAGGCCCGAAGAGCCGCGACGGCUGGUAGGUGACCAUGGCCGGGCAGCGGGGCGGAGAGCCGCCGAAUUAUGUCGCGCGUCUUUCCGACUGGGCGGACGCGCAUCUCACCCUCGUCCGGAACAUAAGUACUGGAUUGGCAAUAGCUGGAGUGAUUGCACUUGCAAAGAGUAUCAAGUUGACAGCCAAAUUCACAAAUGCUUUGGAAAUACCUCCAGAAUUUAUACAGAAGAAUGCUAAGCUACGUGGACAAUUGCAUCGAAUAACCGAGCAAGGAUUAGAAAUUGAACAUGUACCUAUUACCCUUCCAAUCAUUUCCUCUCUGCAGAAAAGAUGGCAUUCAAAUGGUUUGUUGCUUGUCAGGCUUGCUGGUGUGGAGUUAACAUCUGAUGGUGUAAUCUGGUUAAAAGAAGAAAUGAAACCUUCACAAAUGAUUUGGUUCCAGCUUUUGGGCAGAAAAGAAUCAUCACUUGAUUGCUUCGUAAUAGUAAAUAAGGGGAGAUUUUCCAGUAUUUGUCUAAAUGAAGAGAUCUUGCGACGGGGGCUUGGCAGGACAGUUUGUAUUGAAGGAUUGGCUCAUGAAUCUCAGAUAUACUGGAAGCUUCACAAGAGGCUACUUCAAGCAGAAAUGAAAGCUGUGAAAAAAAAGAAAGGAAUCUGGAAAGAAGAGACACUCAUUGAAAAGUUCAAAGAACACAUCAACAAUUAUAAACUUAUCCAAAAAUUAAAGCAGUUUGCAACAUGGUUGAGAAUGCGGCUAUGAAAACAAUUGCUUGGAGGAACCUAAAUGGAGCAGGGAGUAGCAUUGCGUUCAUUUGUGAAAAUGAUGUAACUAAGUUCUUAAGAAGAUGAAAACAUCUGAUACCGAUGUCUUAAGAAAAUGUGCAUAUACAAUACACAUCAUUAUUGUUAAAAAAUGUAUCUACGCUUUUCACAAAGAAUAACUCUUUAGGCUGUCUAAUAUGGAAAUAUGGAAUUAUUGGUGAUGUAUUUUACAAAGAUUGCAUGAAAGUUCAGGGAACGAAAAGAAAAGAAAAAGCAAGGAAUGGUUUCCAUUAUUACUUUUUGUGCAAAAAAUUGGUCAGCUUUUUUAUGAUAGGACAGCUAUAACACUGAUGCUUGACCUUUGGCAACAUUAUAAAUGUUUCUAGAUCAGUGAUGGCUAACCUUUUCGGCAAUCAGUACCAAAACUGGAGCCUGUGUGUGUCCUGGAACACCGAAACCUGGAAGAGAGCAGCUGGCCGGUGCACAUUCGUGUGGUGACCAGAUGCUCUUUCGGGUUCCAGCCCGCAAAUACACACCAGAAAGCUGGUCUUCAUGGAAAGACCCGGAAGAGCAGCUGGUGACAGCACGCAUGCCCACAGAGAGAGCUCUGCGUGCCACCUCUCUCACGUGUGCCAUAAGUUCGCCAUCACGGUUCUCGAUGCUGAAUUUGGCUUAGUUUGGAAGACUGCUUUCUGGCUUCAGUUUAUGAUGGCAUGAUAUUAUUUAAUGCUCUUGGGACAAUGGUCUGAUUUAAGUUCACACUGGCACUGGUUGAAGAUGAUUAGCUAAUAAUUAUAUAAAUUAGCCUCAUAAACAUUGUGCAUUUGGUGCUGUCUGUUCUAGAGGUGGUUCUUAAUAGAUGUUAUGAUACCACCCACCACCUAUAAAUAUCAAAGUGUACCAAUUGCAAUUCUUGGGUCAUUGCUCCUAUAUCAGGUUUCUUUCAGAAAAGGAAGAAAUUAUAUCAGCCAAACUAUCUUAUCUGUACAUAGUGUAUGCUCUCUUUGGUCUGUGUCUGUGUGGCUUCAUUCCUUUGUUCUGUUUAUUUCUCUUUGCUUUGUGAUGCCACAUGGAAAAAUUAAAUGCAGCGGCCUGUAUAAUUUGUUUAUCAAAGAGAAUAACUAAUUUCAGAGAGACCAAUGUGCUCAAGAGUCAGUAUUACUGCUUAUGUUUUAUAGACCUAGUGUUUUAAGGGACGAAGAAGGAAGUGACAUUGAAAUUAUGGACUUGUGCUCAAGGCAAGUUUGUGUUGGAUUCGAAUGUAAAGAUUAAUUGACCUGAUCAUAAGAUGUGCUCACAUGAAUAGAUUUACUUUGGUAGAACAUUAUGUAUAACUUUGUGUUCUGAACCACUUAUUUAUAUGCUUAACUAGCACUUGACAACAUUUUGAAUGGUCUUGCCAAUGUAGGUAAUAUAUAUAGAGAGAAUAUAUCUACAUUGAGAAUUAAAUCUUAUAGAAAUA